AAUUAGUGCCAUUCCUCCUCUUGUCAAGAGCAAGAUUGUAUCAUAUCUGCCACCUCUGUGAAUAUUCACUGAUCAUAAUUUCUCUCUUCCCCUCCCAUAUUAAGCACAGAAGAGAGACCAAACGCAGACUAUUUGUUUCAACUCCAAACUUUCCUGGUCACAAACAUCCUGUUUCCUGUUUUCAAGGAUCUAUUCGCUUAUAUCUCGUAGGAACGCAACUCGGAGUCACAAGCAUCUCCUUUCUCCUUUCCUUCUAUAUCUCCUCUUGGUUUUCCGACAAACCAACCAUUUGCAUGCAAGCGUUGUUUCUUUGUUAUACAGAGGUUGUUGUUUUUUUAGUGUUGAGUUAUUGAGGAUUAGCUAAAGGUCAACUCUUUGAGAGGGAGAGGAGGGGAAAAAAGAGAGAAUUUUUUUGCAGAGAGAGAGAGAGAGAGAGAGAGAAUCCAGGAUCUGAUCAAUGGCUGAAUUUGGAGGGAAAUGGAGGGGUUUAAGAUCGGUGUUAAUGGUCUUGCUCAACUUUUUGUUAGCUUUUGUGUUCGUUUCAGCUGAGAGGGGCUUGAAACAUGAAGCAACAUCUACUAGAAUGAAUGAAACAGGAGAUUCUGUGUCAAGUUAUGUUCUCAAAGCUGUGAAUUUCUUGUGGCAGCCUGAUCACAAAGGUUAUCAACAUGUUUGGCCGGAAAUGAAAUUUGGUUGGCAAAUUGUUUUGGGUUCGAUUAUUGGGUUUUUUGGAGCUGCUUUUGGGAGUGUAGGCGGUGUUGGUGGCGGCGGCAUUUUUGUUCCCAUGCUUAGCCUGGUAAUUGGGUUUGAUCCAAAAUCUGCAACAGCUAUUUCUAAAUGUAUGAUUAUGGGUGCAGCAAUCUCAACAGUUUACUAUAAUCUUAAGCUAAGGCAUCCGACACUUGACAUGCCCAUUAUUGACUAUGAUCUGGCUCUGCUCAUCCAACCAAUGCUUAUGCUUGGAAUUAGUAUAGGUGUUGCUUUCAAUGUCGUUUUUGCAGACUGGAUGGUCACAGUACUGCUCAUCAUUCUUUUCUUAGGCACAUCAACAAAGGCAUUCUUGAAGGGUGUUGAAACAUGGAAAAAGGAAACAAUAAUGAAACGGGAGGCUGCAAAGCGUUUGGAGUCAGAUGGUGCCAGCGCUGGGGAAGUGGAAUACAAGCCUCUUCCUGGUGGCCCGAGCAACAGCCCUCAAAAGGCUGACAAGGAAGAAGAGGUCUCUAUUCUUGAGAAUGUUUACUGGAAAGAACUUGGACUUCUUGUUUUUGUCUGGGUUGCAUUCCUCGUGCUGCAGAUUACAAAGGAGGGUACAUCUACCUGUUCGACAACAUAUUGGGUGUUAAACUUGUUACAGAUCCCAGUUUCUGUUGGGGUGUCAAUGUAUGAAGCAGUCAGUCUGUACAAGGGACACAGAAUAAUUGCAUCCAAGGGAACUGAAGGCACAAAUUUCACAAUUCUUCAGCUUGUGAUCUACUGUCUCUUUGGCAUACUAGCUGGAGUAGUUGGUGGGCUGCUUGGACUGGGAGGAGGAUUUAUCAUGGGUCCACUAUUUUUGGAGCUCGGAAUCCCUCCUCAGGUCUCAAGUGCAACUGCCACCUUUGCAAUGACUUUCUCGUCAUCCAUGUCUGUCGUGGAAUACUACCUUCUGAAACGUUUUCCUGUUUCUUAUGCUGUUUACUUCGUAGCUGUUGCUACAUUUGCUGCCUUCAUAGGGCAGCAUAUUGUGAGAAGGUUGAUCAUUGUGUUUGGAAGGGCAUCUCUUAUCAUCUUCAUUCUAGCAUCCACCAUAUUUAUCAGUGCAAUCUCACUAGGUGGUGUUGGUGUAGCAAACAUGAUAGGAAAGAUUCAUCGUCAUGAAUACAUGGGAUUUGAGAACCUCUGCAAGUAUGAUGGCUAGCAAUAUUUGUCUUUAAAUUUUGUAUCGCAUAUUUAAAUUAUGCCCCUAUGCUGUAAUUUAUUUGUUGAGGCCGCAAGUCAUGCCCCAUGCUGCCUCUCUGUUCUGGGGGCUUGGAUUGGUAGGAUGUAGGAGUAAUAAAAAAAAUUUCACUUCUCAAGAACUUGUAUGUGCUUUCCAUGCCGUACUUGACAAUGUUAUUUGCGGGAAACAAUAGUUCUGAGAAGAAGAUAGAUUGAAAAUGCCA